AAAAUUUGAAUAAGCAUGCUUUUUUUCUCAGGUAGGCAUGUACUGUUCUUGUUGCUGCUUAUGAAUAUAGGGAAAGGGACAGAGUAAAAACGCAGUGACUAUUUUGGAACGCACCGUUACUGAGCAACACACAUCCUCACACUACGGAGUACCACAGAGCCGUCAAUCAGAUCUAUCAUCCACCAUCAUGACUGAGUCUGCUGAGGCUGCUGCUGCCAACGUGAGCAGCAGGAGACACGCCACCAUAGAGAUCACCAACCUGACAAAUAACUACUGCCUCAUCAACCCCAAGGUCUAUCUGGAGAGUGGUGAAACCUUCAACCCACCUCAGCCUACAGUGCGCCCCCUCAAGACUGAAGUAUGCACUUUCAGCAAGAUCAGCACUCAAGCCACCGGCAGCGUGGGGGUUCUGACCUACGACCUGUUUGAGCGAAACAGAAAUGACUACAUUGAGACCCUGGCCAUAAUGUUUUCUGUCCCCUGGGACUACAAUCUGUAUAAGAAUUGGUUUGCAGUAGGUAUCUACCCGAAAGGAAAGGAGUGUGACCAGGCCCUUUAUAAAGAAAUGUACUAUCAAAAAAAUCAACAGGGCUUUGUGAGGGAGGAGGCCAAUGGGUCAGGCAUUAACUUUGAGGGCAAAUGCCUGGACAUCAGGGCCACCAUGUGUCCUUUGGGCAGGGCUAUAAUAAAACUGGAGGUGUGGGACAAGAUGGUGUCUCCUAUGAGUCAGCAAGUUUGCUAAACAAUGUAUAAGUCAGCCAUUUUACUUAAUCAAAAUCAUAUAGUAACUUUUUUUUACACAUACUUAUACGCCUAAUGUGUUAUCAUUGAUAUCAUAAAUGUUUGCAUAUACAUUUACCAAUGUAAUAAAUCUAGCACUAUUUCUUUAAUAUCCCACACUUUAAACUGUUUGCUUUCUCUGUCAGUAGAAUGCCUCAGAUGUGUGUUUACAGUUUGCUUCUGCUUCCUGCAGGCUAAAUCCGCUCUCAUAUCAGGCAGCCAUUGUGUUGUUAUUCAGUCAAACCAUCUUCUGGGUAUUUUUUUUUCUCCCUCAUCAGGGCAGAGAUCCCUCUGAACAAUACACACUGUCUGUACUGACUGCUGAGGUAUUUUGAAAUAAAUAUUUAUUCUGCAA